ACUGGCGCAACUGGCUGCACUGAUGGGCACUGGUGAGUGGCACUUCUGGGCGGCACUGCUGGGCACUUGUGGGCAGAACUUGUGGGUGGAACUGCUGGGCACCGAUCAUCAGGGCACUGAUCAUCAGUGCCCUGAUGAUCGGUGCCGAUCCCUGCUCUGACAACUGCUGGGCACUGAUGAUCAGUGCCCUGAUGAUUGGUGCCCAGCAGUGCCACCCACUAGCUCCGCCCACCUGUGCCAGCCACCAGUGCUUAUCAGUGCCCUCCACCUGUGCCCAGCAGUGCCACCCACCAGUGCUCAGCAGUGCCGCCAGUCAGUGCCACCUAUCAGUGCCCAUCACUGCUGCC